AUGCACCCUCACCUCUGGGCCCGAGCCGAGGCCGAGCUGUCAAGUCCAGAUCCAGACUUCAGGACAGAGCGACUUCGGGACAGAGUGACUCCAGGGCAGAGCGACUCCAGAUCAGAGCGACUUCAGGACAGAGCGACUUCGGGACCGAGUGACUCCAGGGCAGAGCGACUCCAGAUCAGAGCGACUUCAGGACAGAGCGACUCCAGCAUGUGCAUGUUAUUCACAUCAAGAGAGACUUCAGGACAGAGCGACUUCAGGACAGAGCGACUUCAGGACAGAGCGACUUCAGGACAGAGCGACUUCAGGACAGACGAACUUCAGGACAGAGCGACUCCAGGUCAGAGAGACUUCAGGUCAGAGAGGGCAACAGAAGAGCUGCUGACACCACAUGUUCAGGUCCUUUGA